AUGAGUGCAAUUGCAGAACAUCCCGACGAGCCCGUAGAAGUCAUCCAAGUUCUCUUCGCCCUCCAUCCCAAUUUCGGAGCUCAAGAGCUCUGUGGCCCUCUGGAGGUUCUUACCAGGGCUUUGCAGAAGAACAAUGAUCCUGAAUCCAAAGCCUUCGAAUGCACCAUCGCGGCAUCCACCCCCGCCGUAACCUCCUCCUCAGGCCUGACCGUCAAAGCAGACAUGAACUUCGAGGACGCUCAUGAAAACCUCAAUGAUUACGAUGUUCUGAUCGUCCCAGGUGGAGCGGGUAUUGAUGCGAUCCUCAAGUCUGACCCUGCAAAGUCAGAACCCACCAAGCUGAUCCGCGCCUUCGCCGCCCUGCAAACCUCCGACCCAAGCAAAGAACGCACUCUCAUGUCCAUCGGCACAGCCUCCCUCCUCUUCGCUCAAGCGGGUAUCCUUCAAGGACUGGCUGCAACCACGCACCCAGACUAUUACACCAAGUUGGAGAUUCUGUGCAAAGACGCGGCCCGCCGUGGGAACCUCGAACAGACUGAUGUCAUGGAGGAGAACUAUGUAGUCAACAACGCGCGAUUUGAACUGGGUGAGAAGCUCGAAGAGAAUCCAUUCAUAUUGAGCAAGAGGCCGGAUGGGAGAAGGAAGUCAAUCGCAAGGAAGGGAAGUAAUGCAUGGAAGGAAAGCGUGAGGAGAAGAGAGAGCGUGGCACGGAGAGCCGACAUGCGGUUGGGUGGACUGAGAUUGAUUACUAGUGGAGGGGUGACGAGUGGUCUGGAUGCCAGUUUGUAUCUGGUGGCGGCAAUGGUGUCCCAUGACUCGGCCAUCGAAGUUUCAAGAGUUAUGACGUAUAACUGGUCUAAGGGCGUGACUGUGGAGGGGAUAGAUGUGUAG